AUGGCCAUGGCUGAGCGGCCACGGCCUGGGUGGGCCUCGUAUCACAACCCUAACACCAACAACUGCCAGGACGUGGGCAACUCCAUCUUGUUGCUGUUGGGCCUCGUCAUCUGCAUUAACAUUGGCAUCAAUAUGGUGACCCUGCUCUGGAGCCGACUCCGUGUCGUCUUGCACCGAAUAUUCCAUAUCAUUUGUGAAAAUGAAGCCACUAAAUUAGCCUCUCCUGAGAAGCAAACCCAGCCUUCUGUCCAUCUUCGAUGCACCAUGGACCCUGUGAAAAUGAGCAUGACCCCCCCACCCACUCGUCGCCGCCGCCGCCAUCGGCCCUCUCCAGCACGACGUGCCCAGCAACCUGUAACUUGGGCCCCGGAUAGUGAUGAGGAGAAGCCCCCUCUUCAGCACACAGCAAUCUGCUCCCACCACUGGGAUGGCCCCAAGGACUGGGAAGGCUUCCAACCCCCUCAGGAAGUCUGGGAAUCCUGGACUCAGGAUACUCUGGAGCCACCAUCCCAGACCAUCCGCUUCCAGCCAACAGUGGAGGGAAGGCCCCUCAAAUCAGAGCUGGGCCUAGAGGCCUAUGUAUACACAGUGAACCCCCCACCUCCCAGCCCAGAGGCUCUGAACCACAAAAAUAAUGGAGUGAGGAUAGGGACCUGUGCUGAGGCUGAGGAAGCCCAGUCUCAACCUGCCCCAUCUACCUUCUUGGGCCCCGCAAUUGUCCCUGAAAUCUCCCGGCGCUCCUCCUCAGGCCGAAUAAUGUAUGAUGCCCGAGAUGUGAGAAGGAGGCUGCGAGAACUGACCCAGGAGGUAGAGGCCUUAUCCCAUUGCUACCCCUUUACUUCUGGAUCCAAUUCUGCCGAAGGGAAAAAAAAGGACUGGGUGUAUCGUUCACUCAAAGGGAGGUAA